CCUUGCUGAUCGAGGCUGCAGACAUAUUUAUAUAUAUACACACACUCACCAGGCAUGCUCGAUUUGCUCAACGGUCAACGCCUUCCCAGUGCACCACUGUUCAGCUCAAGUCUAUCGAGCAAACCAUAAUCCUUCAGUCAGUCAGCCAGCCCCAUAACUCCAUAAGCCAUGGUAAACAUGGUGGAGCAGCAGGACGCCGGCGAGGACAUCGUCAUCGCAGGCGCCGGCGUGGCAGGCCUCGCCGUCGCCCUGGGCCUCCACAGGAAAGGCGUUGGGUGCGUGGUGCUGGAGUCGUCGCCGGUGCUCCGGACUUCCGGGUUCGCGAUCGCCGCAUGGACGAACGCCUUCCGCGCGCUUGAUGCCCUUGGGGUAGGCGACACCAUUAGGAGUAAACACCUGCAGAUCCAGGGGGCGUGUGUCAUGUCUCCGACAACAGGGGACGUGGCGCGAGAGAUUGAUCUCCGGGUGCAAGGAAAAUGCGGACCCCAUGAAGCCCGGUGCGUGCAGCGUAACGUGCUGCUCCAUGCACUGGAGGAAGAGCUUCCGCCAGGCACCAUCCGCUACUCCUCCAAGAUCGUCUCCAUCGACGACCAAGACGGCGACGGCGACGGCGAUGCCAAGAUCCUCCAUCUCGCCGACGGCUCCAUUCUCCGUGCAAAGGUACUGAUUGGCUGUGAUGGGAUCAACUCGGUGGUGGCGAAAUGGCUGGGGCUCGCCAAGCCGUCCGACUCGGGGCGCAGGGCCACGCGGGGCCACGCCAAGUACCCCGACGGCCAUGGCUUCGAGCCCAAGAUGCUGCAGUUCAGCGGCCAGGGCUUCCGCGCGGGCUUGGUCCCGUGCAACCACACCGACGUCUACUGGUUCUUCACAUGGUCUCCUUCUCCUACUCCGGGCGGUAAGGAUGACGCCGAGCAGAACCCGGCGGAGAUGAAGCAGUUCGUGCUGGCCAAGCUCAGAAGCAUCAAGGCUCCUCCCGAGGUGCUGGAAGCGGUCGAGAGGAGCGAGAUGAACGACGUCCUCGUGGCGCCGCUGCGGUACCGUCCCCCGCUGUCGCUCCUGUCCGCGAGCAUCAGCAAAGGGAACGUGUGCGUCGCCGGCGACGCCCUCCAUCCGACGACGCCGGACCUGGCGCAGGGCGCGUGCGUCGCGCUGGAGGACGCGGUCGUCCUCGCGCGGUGCCUCGGCGACGCCAUCGUCGGGACGGAACGGGAGUCGGUGGAGGCGGCUCUGCGCCGGUACGCCGGGAUCCGGCGGUGGAGGAGCGCGCAGGUGAUCGCGGCGUCCUACAUGGUGGGGCGUGUGCAGCAGAGCGAUCACGCCGUGGUGAGGUUUGCGCGGGACAGGCUGCUGUCCGGGAUGCUCGCCAAGGGGCUCCUCAUGAUGCCGGAUUUCGACUGCGGCACGCUGUGAACUGUGGGAGCUGUAACUUAAUACUACAAUAUACUUUUCCUUAAUCAUCCAGAUCAAAAACAUAGAUUUUUGUCCCAGCUUUGCUAGACAACGAUCAAAAUAGUCUGUGUGCCGGAUCAAUUUAUGUAUGUAUAUAUUCCAAGAUGGAAGCAAUACGAUACC